UUUCGUCUGCUGGCCUCCGAAAUGGGCUCGACUAAUCAGCCCUGAUUUCAUCUAUAUUUCUUUAUCAUAUUAACUAUUCCGAAAGCUUAAGGCAGUCGAGGCAUAUCCACAAUGGUAUUUGGAGGUGAAGCAGUGGACGAGGUCAGCUGCAGGUUCUCAGAGCUGGUUCCUGUGGUGCUGACUGCCUGGCCAACAGGCUCCACUCCCCGUGUUGCACAGUAAAGAGCCUUUCACGCCCAGACAAGACCACACGACACCGCCAUGAAGCCGGGUCACGAGCGCAAUCAGGAGUGCCUGCCUCCCAAGAAGAGGGAUCUCAACAACAGCACCAGUAGUAGUAGUAGUGCGGGAGGAGGGGCAGGCAGUGGAGUGGGAGGGGGUGGUGGUGGUGGUGGGGGAGGGGGGGAGGAAGUGCCCUCCACUCAGAGCUCAGGGGUCGGUGGUGACACUCAGGGAGGUGGCACAGCAGAGGAGUGGCUGCAUGCUCAGCCUGGUCUACACUAUGGAGUAGAGAGUGCUGAGGGCCUCCAAGGGCUGCCUGUUGACCAGUACAGCAUGCUCUAUAGGGUGGCUCUCCCCUCUGUCUCCUACUCCCAGACCAGUCUACACCCAGUGUUAAGCCAUAUCUCUCCAGCUUACACUGUCCCCUCAUCUCUCCUACAGCAUCAUCCAGGUAUCUCCUAUCCCCCUCUAGGCUAUGCCCAGAUCCCCCACUCCUCUUUCCAGUUUGUCUCUCCAUACGGUGCAGUCCCUUAUGCAGUUCCCCCUGGCUUUGUUCCCAGCACCCUGAUCUCCCCCUCAGUUGCCCUCUCCCAGCCCCACCUGGUCCCCUACCAGUCAGUCAUACAGGAGGGGUUGGUCUCCCCUCCUACCCAGGCCCAUGUAUCUGCCCAUGCCUUUGCCAAAGUGGGGUCGUCCGGAGGGGUCCCGCUGAUGCUGACCUCGGAACAGGCUGCCCAGCACCAGCACCAGCAGCACCUGGGCCCGCUGCCCGCCGCAGAGCUCAGUCCUCGGGGAGUGCCUGUCUUUUACCACCCUCAGGGCACCAGGGCUGCGCCUGCCCCCAGGGACCCCUACAGCAGGGAGCAGGAGACAGACAGGGAUAGGGAGGUGAAUGGGGGGGAGAGGGAGCAGGCAGCCAGGGAGAUGCUCCAGGACUCAGUCUACAAUGCCAGGAAUGCAAGGCUGCUGCAGGCAGCAUCUGCCUCUGCAGCACUGGAGCACGCACAGGACAGAAGCUUGAAGAGCCGCAGGCUGGACGAGAGGGCUUCGCCUGGGCAGCGCAGCACCCCAGACACUGACCUGGAGGUUCAGCAGGUCGUUGGUCGCCUAGCCUCUCCUGUCCAAGGUGUGAGUGGAGGGCGCAAAGAGGUGUCCUUUGGUCCCCUGAACCUAUCCCAGGGCUCCCAGAGAGGCAGAGAGGCUCAUGGGGAGGCAGGGGAGAGUGCUGGCCGGACAGCAUACGCGAUCCACCCUGCGGUGUAUGGAGACCCCAGGGUGACGGCCCAUCAACAGCAGGCAGGGCAGCCAGGCCACGCGGUCAUCUUGGCCAAUGGACAGACAGUCCUGGUCCCCUUAGACUAUCACCAACAUCAACAGCCACCCCAGCACUACCCCAGCCAGACCAGUGACGACACCUCUGCUGUCACCAUGGCCUCCCCCACCACCUACUCUAAAGCCUCUGAGUCUCCAGCCAGAGUGUGCCUCCCAGACAGGGCUGUGGUGGAACUGGCCGCCGUGGAGCAGCAGCCUAUUUCUGUCCCAUUCGCGGCAGCCCUCACGCAGGCCCUUGCCCCGGCGCCCACCCCUGCCCCCUCCAAUCCCUCCCAUUUCAUGAAGGGGGCCAUCAUCCAGCUGGCCACGGGGGAGCUGAAGCGCGUGGAGGACCUGCAGACUCAGGAUUUUGUGCGGAGUGCUGAGGUGAGCGGGGGGCUGAAGAUCGACUCCAGCAUGGUGGUGGACAUCAGGACCAGCCAGCAGAGACCCGGCCUGGUGGCGCUGCACUUCACAGUGGGCGAGCAGCAGAGCAAGGUGACUAUUGACGUGCCACCGGAACACCCCUUCUUUGUGUUUGGCCAGGGCUGGUCCUCCUGCASCCCAGAGCGCACGGUCCAGCUCUAUGGCCUGGCCUGCCACCACCUGCAGGUAGGAGACGUGUGUGUGUCCAUCACUCUGCAGCAGCCGCCCCAGCAACAGAAACAGCCCCUGCAGCAACAACAGCAGCAGCAGCAGACCCAAGCCAGGACUUCCACCAAAGUCAACUCCACAUCAGGGGCCAUCGGCCAGCCCAUGGGGCCCCCUGCCCCCCAGCAGCCCAGGCCACAGCCUCACUUCAGGAUGGAACGUGUCCACAGAGAGAGGGAGAGGGGGGAUAAAGAGGAGCCCAUGCAACUAGGGGGUGUUGGGCAGAGUGAGAUGCCCACCAGACCAAAUAGGACUUCAGCAGAGCACACUAGGAGCCAGAGCAGUUACUAUUUGCACACAGAGGGUUCUGCUCGUCCAGGGGCGGGGGUGGGAGUGGUGUCGACAGUGUCGAGCGCGUCUCAGAGGCGCUGGUCCGCCCCCGGCCUUCAGAGAUACAUGAAGGUAGAGGAAGGGGCGCACCCUCAGCUGGGCCCCUCCGGCUCCUCUCGACCCUCCUUCAUCCCACAGGAGGUCAAACUGUCCAUCGAGGGGCGCUCUAAUGCUGGGAAGUAGCACCAACCAUGGCAGUCCACACCACAGAAGAGACUGUCAGAGGAGUGAAAGCAUCAGAGAGGGGGAAAGGGGAAAAAGAGUGGGAAUGUAGCCUCUGAAUGUUUGAUAUUUUGCACACCUAAUAAGAUUACAAGUUCUUUGUUUUCAUGGGAACUACCUGGUCUGGAGGCUGGUCAGGUCCGCUCUAUUUGCCUGUCAGUCAGUCAGGACAGCUCCUGGUCCAGUGAUCAGGAGAUUGGGUCUCUGCUCUCCCAGGCUGACAGGGAGCGGAUGCAGAAGCAGGGAGUGUAUGUAGCUGGUGAAUCACCUACCAAAGUCUUCAGACUGCAUCUUCCUUCCGCCCUACCAACCUCUCAGUACCAUCCUUAUCAGAGGUGAACCAACCCUCAGAACCAUCCUUAUCAGAGGUGAACCAACCCCUCAGAACCAUCCUUAUCAGAGGUGAACCAACCCCUCAGAACCAUCCUU